AUGCUCCGGGGCACGCAUGUGGCUGCAGCGAUGGCUGCUGCUACCCCUGUUGCAAGUAAGGGAGGGCCCCCAGGUUAUUGCGCGACAGCAAGCCGAGUCGCUAUGAGGCUUCGGUUGCAACACACUUCUGUUGCAACAUCACGAGCUAGCUUCACAGCAGCGUGUGGCUCCCUCCUCAGCAGCAGGAGCAGCAACAGCACUCCUAGAAGUGUACUGCUCUGUUGCAGCUGUUGCAGCAAGUGCGGUAACCAACGUUGGUUUUCCUUUUUGCGGGACCCGCAAUCGCUUAAGCGCGUCCUAGCAGAACUGGCCGCUGCUGAGAAGGCAGCUGAGCAGCACAGCAACAUUAGCAGCAGUGGCAUCGAAGGCGAUGAGAAGGCCCUUGCAGAUCCCUGCCCCUCUUCUUACGAAGAAAAUGAGGAAUUCUGCCUCCACAGCAGCUACGCAAGCUGCAAUAACGGCAGCAGCAUCAGCGAUAGUAGCAGCCGCAGCAGGGUCACGGCUAAGUGCAGCAGCCAUGAUGAAGGCGACAGCGACGAACCUCCACCUGUGCAGGUACGUGCGGAGGUCGUUCUGUCCAGGGAACAGCAAAUGAUGCUUGAUGAAGCGGAAGCUUCCGCAGCCGCCACUGCAGCAGCAGACAGACAGAAACGCUUUUUGGACUCUGUUGCUGCUGCUGAAUCAACAGAGGGUGGAUUGCGUGGAGCACUGCAGCAGUCUUUCGAUGCUCUGCUGCCUCCCAGCGUGACAGCAGCAGCAGCGGCACCAAGACCGUCAGAAGCAGGAGGGCCGCACGCAACUGGAGACGCAGCAGGAGGAUCAACUGCUUCAGCAAGAGCAUGCGACGCUGGUGGGUUUGUUUGGAACGAAACAGAUGAAGCUGCUCUAACACCUGCUCAGCGGUUCUACAGGGACAAUCGCGAGCUGCUGUUGCAGAGGGCAGAGCAGUACCUGCGAGGCAAGCAAGCAGCAGCAGCAUCAGCAACUGGCGGUGCUUCUGCUGCUGAUGAGGAGGAAUGGGAUGAUGCUGCAAGGACGCUUGAAGAGGACUGGAAGGCAUACUUUAAUCCCGUACACAAACAGCCCAAGGGCUUCAGGUGGCCAGUUGCUGAUACAGCAGAAUCUUCUGCGGCUGCAGCACCUCCUCUUAGGAGCACCAGUAGAGUGAACGGUAGCAGCAGCAGUGCAUGCAUGAGCAGCAACUGCCCUAGCAGCGAGAGCAGCAGUACAGCAGCGCGCAUAUGCAGCAGCCUGGGCGGCAGCAUGCUGACACUGAUUCUCUUUACGUGCCUCAGAGACAUGGAGUUCCGCAAGGGCCAAUAUCCAUCUUUGGAAGAAUUCAAAUCUCUUCUUGCUCAGGAAGGCGUCAAGGAUGUGGUCUGUUUAAAUCUGGAGGCGCUCAGUCGAAGAGACUUGGGGCUUGUCGCCCUUAUCGGGACAUGCGGAACAGCCGCUCACUGCAGCGUGGAACGCAUUUGGAGAAGCACAGGCGAGCUGCAGGAGCAGCAGCAACAGGCACACGAAGGGUCUGAUGAAGACCUGCUGCUGCUGCCAUCGACCGGCGAACAAGAGGACAUGCUGCAGCAACACCAGCGGCUAGUGUUACAGCAGCUGCAACAGCUGCAGCAGAAACAGGAAGAGCAAUCUUGA